CUUUAAUCUCGCAGUGCUGAUUGAAACCGGAAGUCAAAAAGCUUUUGGAAACUAUUCAAAAUAUGACAAUAAAACAAGUUUAUUAGGCCCUUGUAAGCCAUAGAGUGGGUUAUUGAUCAAUCAACAUGGGACUGGAUCAAACACUUGUAAACCUGCUCAGGCUACGGGCCCCUGUAUUUGAUAUCUACAAAGUUUUCUACACUAAUUAUGACCCAAACAGCGUACAUAGGAACUGUAAUACCAAAUGCAGUCACACGUGUAGUGUUUAUAGAACUAAGAGAGAAGAGCUAAUGUACCAUGCAGUCAACACGAAUCACCUAGAGCUUGUCAAGGAUAUACUUGAGCACCAUAGCUAUAAAGUGAAUGAGGUGGAAUCUGCAAUGAGCUGGAACUCAUUGUACCCACUCCAUCUAGCUUGUUACUAUGGUAACAAGGACAUGAUUGAGUUACUGUUGAAGAAUGGAGCUGAUGUGAAUAUUGAGGCUAGAAUUGCCUGGCAAAAUGUGGAUCAUAUAAAAACUGCAUUUGGUUACAUCUUCAGACAUGAUGACAUUGAAUUGAUGUGUAUGUUACUACCUCACUACAGAAAUAAACCUGUACACUCUCGUCUGAUAUCUCCGAUACAUUAUGCAUGUAAGGAAGGUGCAUUUAAGUGUUUAAAAUAUCUAACCGCUAACUUCCCGAAUCAGGUGAAUGAGAGAGAUGUAUUAGGGAAUACACCACUUAUGUUCGCAGUAUGGCGAAAUAAACCCUAUGUAGAAGUAUUACUAAAGCAUGGUGCUGGAGUUCACACUCGGCGUUCAUCUGAUCACAAAACUUGUCUGCAUAUCUGCUUAUCUGCGGAGAAUCCUCACUUCCUUUCACCAGAUGCAUUUGAAAUUGCAACAUUGCUGUUAGAUGCAAAUGCAAGUGUCAAUGCAGUGGAUGCCUACAAUUAUACUCCUUUGACACUUCUUUGUGCACAGAUACAAGAAGGUCUUGAACCCAGUGUGUUUCCGUACCCUCUCUCUACUCACCACAUGAUAAUUAAGAAUUGCAUGGAGCUAUUGAUUGACAAUGGAGCACAUGUGAACUACUUUAAUGAUGGUCCGUUACCGCUCUCUGUCAUAAUGGACACUAUACAGGGAUGUGUGAUUGGAUUGGUCCAUGCUUUCAAACCACCACUUCAAACAGCCAAUGAGGAGGUUCAGUUCGAUAUAACCAAAGAAGAUCCUCAAUGUUACCAUAGCAACCUGAAAUUCUCACUACAAAUUAUGGAGUAUUUGCUCUCUAAGGGGGCGAACCCAAAUGUUAAAAAUACAUGUCAACCCCUGCUGACACAAGUCAUCACAAUGGUUAGAAUCAUACCCGAAGGGUUAUUUGAAGAAAUGUGGCGAAAAUGUCACAUAUCUUUUAAACAGAUGACCCUACUUUUACUCCACUACGGGGCCUACAUGUUCGAUCUCAAGGAGGCAUUUAAAACAAGGCGUGAUAUUAGUGAUAUUAUUGAACUGAUGCUGAACAGCCUAGAACAUGAAAGGUAUAAUGAAAGUCUACGAGCUGUAUGUAAUGAUGAGUCCAUCUUCAAUGGGGAUCCACGCACGCAUAAUUCCUCUUUGUUGAAGAUAGUUGAGACAAAGUAUACCAAUCCUAGAAGUUUGAAGCAAAUUGCUAGAGUCAAUAUUACACAGAAUCUGAGGACUGUGAAUCAUAGCAUUGAGUCUAGUGCAAAUCAACUCCCCCUCCCUCAAAUGAUCAUUGAUUAUGUGCUUCAGUUUGAGAAUGUGUAGAAUAAUCUGAACAUAUUCUGUAAACAGCAGUUAAAAGAAAUAAGAUAUAUGCUAGAUAAAACCACGACUUAAAAGUCAGACUGAUAUUUCAUAAUUGUGAUGCACCAAAAUAACUUAUAAUUAUUAUGUCACCACCAAAAAGU